GAAACAACAAAUUGCAUUUAGCAUAUUUUAAAUACUAAAGCAUAAUAUAAACCGGAUUGAAUAUUAAUUGAAAAAUUGCACCGUAGUUGUAGGACUGUUUAGCUUACGAAUUAGACACACGCAUAUUUGGACUUCAUGUUUCUACCGGACAAAUGUGGCUGCUGCACCUCUCGGAAAUAUACAUUUCAGCAUGGCUUUGCUUUGGACCACCUGAAGUUUGUUACUGAGCGUUUUUCUCAGUAGUUGACGAAAAUAUCCGAACAAUUUAUAAAUGUCGGUGCGGCUACACGGUGAACUGACUCCGGGGAAACAUUUGUCGGUGAGACGGUGUUGAGCAUUACUUUUUUAAACGUUUUAAGGUGACUGAGUGGCGGUCCAGCGUGGCUGAGGACGGCUAACAGACUUCACAUAUUUUAACCAAAUAAUAAUUCAAAAAUAUUACAGCGAAACUGGCCAUUAUGUCGAAGGUGAAGGACAAGAAAAAAGACCUCUCUGCUAAAACACAACAAGCCACAUCUACGGAGAAGAAUAACACAGCGAAAAAGAAAAGGAAAAAGUGGAUGACUGAGAAGUUUAAAAAGAUUAAACCACAGCCACAACCCAAGAGCCAAGAAAAAGCCAAAGUGCAGCAAGUGGUUCCUCCAAAAGAUGCCCAACAGUUCUCUGCCAACUGGAAGGCUCUACAAGAGAUAUUAAAAGCCAGUCAACCCGAGAAGAAGCCGCCCGUGACACCAAAAUCCCAGAACGGCGCUCUGCAAAAAAAGGAGGCUAAAGAAAAUACUUCUAAAAAUAUUUCCAAGAACACACCGAAAGACUCUGGGAAGAAAGCAAAGCACAAAACUGCUCCUAAUAGCAUCCCCGAGGACUCUAAGGUGAACUCGGCGGGUCCAGCUGUCUCGGAGACAAAACAGUCUGCUGCUCCAAAAAGGAAAAAGGACAGUGUGAAGUCAAACAGCGAGCAAGCAGCCAAGAAGAAGAAGCUGGUGGUUGAAGAGAAGAAACCUACAGAAGAUGACCUUUGGUUUGACGAUGUAGACCCUGAUGACAUUGAGGCCACAGUGGGAGCGGAGGCAGCAGAGAUCAUGAGGAAGAGGCAGGGCAUUCAGAGGAACCCUGACACAGAGAGCGCCCUGGUCAAGGAGAAAGCCUUUGAGGGCCUCACCAGAGCCGUGGCCAUCGACUGCGAGAUGGUGGGAGUGGGUCCCGAUGGGGAGGACAGCAUCUUGGCUCGCGUGUCCCUCGUGAACCAGUUUGGGAAAUGCAUCUAUGACAAAUAUGUGAAACCCACAGAGAAGGUGACAGACUACAGGACAGCUGUCAGUGGCAUCCGACCACAGGACAUCAGAGAUGGAGAGGAGCUGCAGACUGUGCAGAGGGAGGUCGCUGAGAUCCUGCAGGGCAGAAUAGUAGUCGGACAUGCCAUACACAACGACUUGAAGAUUUUACUCUUGGGUCAUCCGAAAAAGAAAAUCAGGGACACUCAGAAGUACAAACCUUUUAAGAAGGCUGUAAAGAGUGGUCGGCCAUCACUGAAACUCCUCUGUAGAGAAAUACUCAACGUUAAGGUCCAACAGGGUGAACAUUCAUCUGUCCAAGACGCACAGGCCACCAUGAGGCUCUACACAAUGGCAAAAAAACAGUGGGAAGCAGAGAUUAAAGCCAGUCAUAACAACAAAGACUCAGCCAAGACUAGUGUGAGAAAACCAAAGUCUGCCAAGAUCAAGAACAAGGGCAUGAAUUUCAUGGGAAUAUGAAUUCAAAAGCAAUCUGCAAGAGGACAGGUCAUCUCCGGAUCACAUCCUGACUGAAAUGUUAAGAGGUUUGGAAAGAUGUCCUUAAAAAAGGUUCUUUUAACAGGUGACCCACCGGACAGGACGUGAGAGACAAGACUGUUUUCGCCAAAACGUACAAAGUCUGAGAGAGUACCGGGCUGCGACUCGCUAAGGGAUUCAAACAUCUGCGAGAUCCUUAAGCAUUUUUUAAUCACACUGAGCCAUAUUCCCAGAAAUAAUUUCCCAACAUGAUAUUCCCAGCUGUCGGCGGCAGGUGUUCACAUCAUUCAAUUUCAUCUCUCAAGUGUUCAUGAGAACUGAAAAGCAUCUGGGAUUUUUCCCAUUUCAGUGUUCUGUAAUGUCGUGUUUGUUAAGAUCUUUGCUUUCGUGAUUCCUGGUUUCCUUAAAUGUUUUAAAAAGUAUGAAUACAACAAAAUAUAUUAUUUCUAUGGAGCUAUAUUGCAAUUAUUGUUUAUAAAACUCACCAGUGAUACAGUUUUUGUUAGUGAAAUAAAUGAGAGAACCCAUUAAAGUCCAUUCUUGUUUAAAA